GAAAGGGAGGGAGAGAGAGAAAAGGGGAGAGAUAAAGAAGUCCGUGUGAAAGAGGAGCCUCAAGAGAGGGAGUUCUCAACCCCUCUCCUCUCUCACCAUCUAAACCCCCUCCACCCCUCUCUCACCCUCAAGAGGAACAGGCGCAAGGCCAAUACCCCCCCUGACCGCCCCUCUCCACCCCAACGCAGAACACACACACCAAACACACACACACCCAGCCCCCUCACACACACACACACCCCUCACACACAUCCCCAUCAUGAUUCCCAUGGCGACCUCGCUCUUCAGCCCUGACAUCAACACUAAGACCGCUUCCGACCUGCUCAUCAAACUCUCAGCAGCCACCCAGCAGGCCGGGGUAGAGCCGGGGGCUGUGGUGAAGCAGGAGCCCCAGGAGGAGGACCUGAGCCCUGGGCAGCAGCAGCAGGCAGGUGAGCCUGGUUUGGCUCUCUCUCCAGACGGGCCUGGGGCUAGUCCUGAGCCCCCCACCUCCCACCUCACCCGACCAGAGGAGGAGAGAGAGAGAGGCCUACUGGAGCAAGACAUCAGUGUCACUUUGGCUUCUGAACUGCUCAGGAGACUGUCUGAGAAGCAGGAAGUGGUGGUCCAGGGUUUAAAGGUGAAAGAGGAGGAGGAGCCUAUGGAGAUUGACCCCCUGACCCCCUGCGUGACACCUGACCCUAUCCUGCCCCCAGGGGAGCGAGCGGGGGGGAGGGGUGAGAAGACACCCCCUCCACCUCUCCUCCCUAAAGAAGACCAGGAUCUGUUCCAGAGAGAUCUCUUCUCCCAGGACAUCUCAGUCAAAAUGGCCUCUGCUCUCCUUUACCAACUGUCAGAAAAAGUCUGCAAAGCCAACGAGCUGAAAGAAAACGGAUCCUUCUCUAGUCCUGUGGCGGAGAAGCCCUUUACCCGCCCGAACCAGCAGGACCUUACUCAACCCUCCCCUGACAAACCACAGCACGUAGUCAGUAGGUAUAGAUGUCCAGUGUGCUCGUACCAAGCCCAGUGUCAGAGGAGUCUCAACCAUCACCUGGCUUCACACACUUCUAAGACACACACCACCGGCUUCAACUACUACUACAGGUGUCAUGUGUGUGGGUUCGAGCUGGAGGGGUGGAGCCUGUUCCUUGGUCACAUGACGGAGCACAGCGAAUGGGAGCGCGAUGCGUUCACUCUCCGCUGCAGUGUGUGUGAUCACUCUACCAGUGAGGAGCGGGCCAUGAGGGCUCACGCCAGCUCUCACACACUUGGAGAGGCAGCGAGCCAAGACUACCUACAGACACACCUGUUGGGAGGCCACACCCCCAAAGACUUACCUGAUGGAAGAGACAGCCCACAAUCUGGAGAGCUCAGGUGCCCUCUCUGUUCGUUCUCCACCAGUCGGCCUGUCUCCAUGGUAACACACAUGCGCUCGUCGCACUCAACGACGGAUCAGCACCGUUGCCGCAUCUGCCAAAGGUCGUUUUCACGGCAACCGGAGCUCCAGGCCCACGUCAGGUGUCAUCGUCAGGGCAACCAGUACCGCUGCGAGAGGUGUGGCCACCUGGCCCGAACAGCCAAUAAGCUGAUAGAACACGUGCGUGUGCACACGGGGGAGCGACCUUUCACCUGCGACCUCUGCCCUUACAGCGCCAAACGCAGAGACAGCCUCCGUCUGCACUGCCGACUCAAACACCCCGAACACACACCCUCACACGGACACACACACACACCCUCACACGGACACACACACACCCUCACACGGACACACACACACACCCUCACACGGACACACACACACACCCUCACACGGACACACACACACACCCUCACACGGACACACACACACACCCUCCUGGUUUAGGGGGUCAGACCUUUUUCUCGUCCCCCUCACCACCCUGCUGUCCCUCAGACCCCUCUCUAGCCCCAGACCCUCCUCUCCCUCCCGCUCUUCCUCUCCUUCACCCAAACUCUCUUUCCUAGCCUACCUAGGUCUGACAGAGCCAACCUAAUCAACCUCCCUCCUCCUCUACCCCUCUUCUCCUCUCUACCUGCCUCCUCCUCUACCUCCCUUCUCCUCCCUCCUCUACCCCCUUUCUCCUCUUCUUCUCUACCUCCCU